UAACUGUCAUGUGCCGGGUAAAUCGUUUCAGGCCCGCUGCCUUUUAUUCCACGGCGUUUUCGGUAACCUCUUCUCCUCCGACCGAAGGUGCAAUAGGAGACCACAGACCAACUCCAAAAGAAAGACAAAGGAGAGAGAUAUUAUCUAGUCACUGAACAACAUGGCUACUUGAACAGGUCCAACAUGUGCAUCAAUUCAUUCAGUUGUUCAAAAGCUCUCUCUCUCUUGCCACUAUACUGUGAGCACAAGCCCUCAUUUCCAAGAACUGAAAAGAUGAAAGUGGACCAAAACUGGUGGAAUGUGUACCCAACUGCUGCAGCAUUCAAACCUUCCGCUGUGCCUCUUCCUGUUCGUAUGGGCUAUCCAGUAAAGAGAGGCAUACCACCAAGCAAAACAGGAAACCUGGAGCUCAUAAAAAUUCCAAACUUUUUGCAUCUCACACCCCCUGCAAUAAAAAGGCACUGUGCAGCUUUAAAAGAUUUCUGCACUGUAUGGCCAGCAGCACUUGAUAAUGACGAAAAAUGUGAAGAACAUUUUCCUAUUGAAAUUAAAACAACUGAUUAUGUUGCAGCAGGACCUUCUGUCCGAAAUCCAAAUGCUAGAGUGGUUACCUUGACAGUCAGACUUUUGAAUCUCAAUUUGGAUGACCAUGCCAAGAAGAAACUCAUUAAACUUGUAGGAAAUCGAUAUGACAAAAAUACAGAUAUGCUUACCAUUACAUCUGACAGGUGCCCGCUGAGGCGACAGAAUUACGAUUACGCCCUGUACUUACUCACUGUUUUGUACCACGAAUCAUGGAAAACAGAAACAUGGGAAUCUGACAGAACUGAAGCAGACAUGGAUGAAUUUAUGUGGGAGAAUAGUCAAUCUGAGAAAAAUGCUUUGGACACAGUCUUCAGGAUGAAAGAAGCUGAAAAAAUUCCUUCAAUCUCAAAAGAAGAAAUUGUUAAUUCACCAGAAGUCAAAAAUUAUAAGGAGUCUGUUGUGAACAUUAAAAAUGAAGGGGAAACGGAAGAUAGCAUUUUGCAGUACAAAGAAUCCGUGAAAAGACUGUUGAGAUUGCAUGCUGCAAUGUGAUCUAUAGGAUGUUACAGAUGACAUGACCAAUUUAUAUUUGGUUAGAAUAUUGGUUGUGCAGACUUAAUCAUUAAACUUGAUGACAUGACAUAUUCAUGUAAAUGGUCUUGUCUUGAGAAAAUGUUAGAUUCCGAGUCUGUAAACAAAUGUACUUUACAAUUGUAUUUUAAUUGAAAAUAUUUGAAGUACAGUAUGAAUAAAAUGUCAACUUUUUUGUUAAUGUACAAUCCAUACACAAUGCUGCACUCAUUGCUUCUGCCCUAAACUUUUGCACCUGUUAUUUUUCUUUUCAUCUUUUCAGUUCUUUCUCUGUUAUCACACUCCUAAUGCAUGCCUUCCAUUUUUAUUUAAUGUAUGUAAUUGUGCUUUUCCACUUCUGACAAGUUCUUUGCAGUUUUUGUACAUUCAAAACAGGGUGGCAUGGUAUUGUGGUUAGCACAAUGUUUUAUGAUAUCAGCAACCCAGAUUCAAUUCCCGUUAGUGUCUGUAAGGGGUUUGUACGUUCUACCCAUGACUGCAUGAGUUUCUUCUGGGUGCUCAGUUUCCUCCCACAGUCCAAAGACUGGUUGGUAGGUUAGUUGGUCAUUGUAAAUUGUCUCAUAAUUAGGUUAGGGUUAAAUUGGGAUUUGCUGGGCCGUGCAGCUCAAAGGACCACUCCGUGCGGUAUCUCAAUAAAUAAAUUAAAACAAUGUCUAUUUCUUGCUCACACAAUGGUUAUUGAAAUUUGUGAAAGGUUUGAACAUACUACUGAAUGGUCAUCAAACUAAAAUAUUCGCUGUGCAUGGAUGCUCUCAGACCUGCUAGUUAUUUCCAGUACUUGCCAUGUGUAUAUUUGAAAAUGCUGUGAAUUAUAAAUGAAUUUGUUUUCUUCACUUGGGUGGGACGCCAUUCAGGUUUUCAGGCGAAAUCCUCCUCCACCUUCUAUUUUGCAAUUUCCUGCUGUUUGUACAUUAAUGAUAGCAAAAUGAAAUCGAGAGCAUUCUGCUGCAUGUGAAGCUAUGAGAUUUUAAAUUUAGGUUGUAGAUUUUUCAAGUUUGUGUAAAUUAUUCUAUAAAUAAUAAAGCUUUCAUUUGGAAU